UUUUUUUUUUCUGCUUCUAUUUUGCUCAUUUAAUUAAGUUUAUCAUUGAAAAAAAAUCCCUAAUUGAUAGAAUUUAUUCUUUGUAGCAUCACCAAUACCAAUCUUCACCUGGCUCACCAAUUUACUUGAUUGAUCCCUUGGCCUUUUAUACCUUUUCGCCAUGGGGAUCAAAUAUCCACUCCGUAUUCUUCUCAUUGGCAAUGGCGGAAGAGAACAUGCCAUUGCCUGGAAACUAAGCCAGUCGCUCUUGGUAGAGUCGAUUAUAGCAGUUCCGGGAAAUGGAGGCACGGCAACAUGCCCCAAAGUCACCAACGAUGCCUCAGUAUCUGCAGAAGACCUCCCAGCUAUGCUUGAAUUGGCCAAAAGAAACAAUAUCAACUAUGUCAUACCUGGUCCCGAAGCUCCUCUUGUCGCAGGUGCCGUCGAUUUCUUUGAAGAUGCGGGCAUCAAAAGCUUCGGCCCUUCCAUGAGAGCAGCCCAGAUGGAGGGUAGCAAAACAUUCUCCAAAGAUUUCAUGAAGAAGCACAAUAUCCCUACAGCCGCUUACGAAAACUUCUCCGACUACGAAAAAGCCAAGGAAUACCUCGAUCGAGUGCAACACAAGGUAGUCAUUAAGGCGAGUGGGCUUGCAGCUGGCAAAGGUGUGAUCAUACCCACAUCUAAAGAGGAAGCGCAAAAGGCUCUCAAAGAUAUCAUGCAAGAAAGGGAAUUUGGAUCUGCUGGAGACGAGGUUGUGAUCGAGGAGUUUCUGACCGGUGACGAAUUGAGUAUACUGACUUUCAGCGACGGAUACACGAUAAAGUCGCUACCUCCUGCACAGGACCACAAGAGAAUAGGUGAAGGUGACACCGGACUAAACACGGGAGGUAUGGGGUGCUAUGCGCCGACAAACAUUGCUACCCCAGAUCUCGUGGCGCAAAUCGAUCGCGAUAUUAUCCAGCCGACCAUCGACGGUAUGCGAAAGGAUGAAAUGCCAUUCGUUGGUAUUCUUUUUACUGGACUCAUGAUUACUUUGACUGGCCCUAAGGUCCUUGAGUACAACGUUCGAUUUGGCGACCCAGAGACCCAGACAGUCCUGCCCUUAUUAUCACAGGACACGGAUUUGGCCGAAAUCAUGGUAGCAUGUUCACAACAUUAUCUAGACAGUGUCUUGAUGAAGAUUGAACCUAAAUACAGCGCAACUGUCGUUGUCGCCGCUGGGGGCUAUCCCGAGUCCUACGCCAAGGGCGACGUGAUGACUGUGCAAACCCCUCCAGAGGGCAUUAACAUAUUUCACGCCGGCACCAAGCUUGCUAACGGCAAACUACAAACGGCAGGCGGCCGAGUCAUAGCUGCCAGUGCUACAGCCGGAGAGAGUCUUCGUGCCGCCGUGGACAAGGCUUACGAAGGUGUCAAACUCAUCCAAUUCAACAAAAUGUACUAUCGCAGGGAUAUUGCACACCGUGCCUUCAAACCAACGGCGGAUACCAAAGAAGCUCUCACAUACGCAGAAGCAGGUGUAAGCAUAGACGCUGGAAACCAGCUUGUUGAGCGGAUACGAACUGCUGUUCGAUCGACGAAGCGAGCCGGCGCCGAUGCAGAAAUCGGCGGGUUUGGAGGAGAGGUCGACCUGUCUAAAGCUGGCUUUUCGAGUGACGCACCUAUCAUGGUCGGUGCUAUCGAUGGCGUCGGUACCAAACUCAUGAUCGCGCAGGCGACGCGGAACCAUACCACUGUAGGAAUCGACCUCGUGGCCAUGAACGUCAACGACCUUGUAGUCCAAGGCGCGGAGCCCGUCAUGUUCCUAGACUAUUUCGGAUGUAGUAAGCUGGAUCCUGAGGUGGCUGCCGUCUUCGUCGAGAGCGUCGCUGCUGGUUGCCGGGACGCUGGAUGCGCACUGGUUGGUGGCGAGACUGCUGAGAUGCCCGGCAUGUACAAGGAAGAUGACUACGAUGCGGCCGGUGCCGCAAUUGGUGUCAUGCGCGCAGCGAACCGGCUUCCGCGCCACGACGCCAUGGCCGAGGGCGAUGUACUGCUAGGCCUUGCUUCCUCCGGUGUACAUUCUAAUGGAUUCUCCCUCGUCCGCCGCAUCAUCGCGCGAGAAAAACUAAACUACACUGACCUUGCCCCUUGGGACUCUUCCUCCCCGCAAAAGAAUGUCGGCGAGGCCCUCCUAACGCCCACCCGCAUCUACGUGAAAUCCGUCUUAGCCGCCCUGCCGCACCUGAAAGGUCUCGCACAUAUCACGGGCGGCGGACUAACCGAGAACGUACCCCGCAUGCUCCCCAAGCAUCUUGGUGCUGAGAUCGAUGUCAGCGCCUGGACACUACCGCCCGUAUUCCGCUGGCUCAAGACCGCUGGCAACGUCGAGGCCUCCGAGAUGGCGCGCACCUUCAACACCGGUGUCGGCAUGGUCGCCGUCGUGAGCCCCGCGGACGCGGACGCAGUUACGCGACAGCUGCAGGAUGCUGGGGAGACGGUGUACACUAUCGGCAAGUUGACGGCGAGGAAGGAUGGACAAACGGGUUGUGUGUUAAAGAACUUGGAAUCAUGGAGUUAAAAAAAAAGGGGCGGAGGGGGGUAAAAGGUUAUAGGCUAAAAGAAAAAGAAGGGGGGCUGGUGGACUUUUCUAUUCAAGCUCAAAAGGCAUGUAUGCAUACAUACAUAUACACACACCUUCAUAGAGUAGUAGUAUACAGGUAGGUAAGAGGUGAGUAGCUAUCUACAUGGCCAUCUAUCUACAUUUAUCUACAUCUACAUCUGCCUGACUGCCUAACCUAGGUACUUGGGGCAGGCAAAUAUCGCACACAUUGGGGAGAGAAAAAAAAUCCUCACUCGAGAUUUUUUGAUCUUUGAUUUAGUCUCUAUAUUAUCUCACCAUAACUUGAUAUGCA